GGGGACAAAUCAAGCAUUGGAAAAUAGGCUAGGGUUAUUUCAGGUAUCUCAGAAGCUUUGAAUAUCAAAUGUGGUUAAUCCCAAAUUCCAAUUGGAUUUCGUGAAAGAAAAUUCGACAAGCGGCGAUGCGCCUCUAUAAAUCUCAGCAUUUGGGGCUGCUGUUCUAGACAGUCAACCAGAGAGAGGAGAGAGAAAGAGGAGAGAGAAAGAGGAGGGAGAAAUGAGAUUCUCAUCUGGUUUUUGUGUGGCCAUGACGAUGGUGGUGAUGGCCAUGGUGGUGGGAACAGGGGCUCAAGAAUGUGCCAAUAAACUGGUACCUUGUGCUAGUUAUCUGAAUUCAACUACUCCUGGAAAGGAGUGUUGUGAUGAUUUGAAACAGGCUAUAGAGACGGAACUUCCAUGUCUCUGCGCCCUGUUCAACGAUCCAAGCGUCUUUAAAUCCUUGAACAUCAACAGAACCCAGGCUCUGUUGCUUCCUGAGCAUUGUGGAUUCAAGUCCACAGCCUCUGCUUGCAAUUCCACUGCAGGAGCUCCUUCUGCGAAUUCUUCUCCAAAUACCUCAUCUGGGGGCUCAGGCAGCGGGAAGAACAGUUCACCAUCAAUGAGGGCGCCGUGGUAUGGGUUGGUGGGGUUGACAUUUGUCAUCUAUCUUCAGCUUUCGCAACACCUGUGAUUUUCUCUCUCCUCUCUCUACAUUUCUCUCGUACUCUAAUAAAUGAAAAUUAAAGUCUAAUUUUUUUUUGACCAAUUUUUCCAUAAGGAAGACUUGGUUGGUGUUUGGUCAAUGUGGGCUACCUUCAUUAAACUCGCAUUCACACAUGAGAGAGAGAGAGAGAGAGGGAUGAUAUUUUUCAUUUGGUCGUCAUUUUUAUUUAUUUUGGGUGGUUUGUCUUGGUCUUUGUUUUAUUUUCUUUGGAAUUAAUAGAUGGGUUUAUGGCCCAAGUUGAAUUCUGUUUUGUAACUUUAGGGCAUGAGAUGGGCCUUGCUUUUAUUUAUUUAUGCAUCUUCAAAAUUGAGUGUGCACCUUUUAUUAUUUAUGCAGUUCAUAGUCUAAUGUGA